AUGGCGGAUAUUUCCGAGGCUGUUUUUAGUCGGUCAAGGAACGUGGUCAGACCGGAGGCAGAGGGCGUUAUGGGUGGUGCACGCAAGAUCAUGGAAAGUGCUCAUCUGACCACCGAUGGCGAGACUCUCAAGUUUAAAGUCAUGAAAUCCGUCUGCCUGGUUGUCACCUGGAUUUGUAUGGGCCUAUAUAGUGGCGUCACGGGACCUACAAUACCAGACCUGUGUGAACGUCUUCACACAGAUUACGACAGCGUAGGCUUUGCUCUAGCAUUCCGGAGUAUUGGCAAAAUGGUGGGCACGAUGCCGUUCGGCUACCUCCGGGACCGAUUCAGCAACGCUGGGGAUCUGCUUCUCGGAUUUGUCCUGUCCCUCGUGGCACUCAUGGGUAACUCUAUGCUGGUCCUCAUGUGGAAAGAGAAAGCGGCAUUACCUGUCCACUUCCUGCACUUCGGGUACGGAGUGGGUGCUUUGAUCUCUCCGUUGAUUGCCAGGCCGUUCCUGUCCCGUCACGCCACAAUAAACAUCACACGCAGCUGGACUAACCUCUCCGCUGAUAACGAUUCUGUAAGUUUGGAUUCUACAAACAACGCGACAGUCAUACAGAAAGACAUUGUUGUGAAAGAAUCGCUGAUUGAAAUACCAUACGCCAUAGUGUCUGCCUUCAUAUUCUUCAUCGGUCUCGUGUAUGUUGGCUUCUUCCUGUUCAAGCCGUUCCGCAGGUUGACAGCCAUGUUGGGAAGCUGCUCCUACUCCAAACCUUGUGAUGCCCCAUUUUUAAAGGACCGCCCGAAAACCGCCGUGUCUAUUCUAGUUCUGUUUUUCUUCUACUACAUGAUGGUAAAUGCUAUAGAUCGAGCCCUGGGGUCUUUUCUGUUCACCUACGCCGUGGAAAGUGAUAUCGGAUUCUCCAAAGGAGAAGCGGCAUACCUAAACACUGCUUACUUUGCUUGCUAUGGCGGUGGGCGGGCCAUCAUGGGACUGAGUGCUCUGAAAUUUUCCGUAAAGUUCAUCAUGUUCUCCGAAGUCUACCUAAUGACUUCGUGCUUAGCUGUCAUUACUUUCUACGCCUACGAUAAGCAUCUGUAUCUGUGGGUGUUUUCUUGCUUAGUUGCUUUUUUCUUCGGUCCGAUUUACCCCUCCGGAGUGGCCUGGGUUGAUCGUUACGUUCCGAUGUACGGCCUUGUGGUGGCUGUAUUUGACCUGGGAGAUGGUGUUGGAGCAUUUGCCUCUAAUUCCUUAUCAGGUUACUUGAUAAGUAAUCUCGGACCUCACUCGCUGCUAUACUUCACCUUCUUUGUAGCUGUUGGUCUCUGUGUGAAUAUCAUCAUUGCUCAGAUGAUAGGCUCCCUACGGGGUGAUCGACACAAGUUAAACAAGGAUAAGACAACUCAACAACAACACGCGUAA